CAGACUGAACAUUCUAGCUAGCUGCCCACCACAGCAUAGAUGCAUUCAGCAACUGCCUCACAGUAAAUAGAUAUAGCUACCAAUUUCUGUUGAGAUGUUGUGGUUCGAGGGUUCAAUACCAGCUGCUAUUGCCAGUGCCAAACAGCAGAAUUCUGUAUUCGUCGUCGUUAUAACAGGAGAUGAUGAACUGUCAGAACAGAUGAUGUCAAGCUGGGAGGAUGAGGCAGUCGCCGCGGCAUCCAACAACUCCUUCGUAGCAAUUAAAAUCGACGCCAAGAGCGAGACGUGUGUCCAGUUCUCCCAAAUAUAUCCUGUGGUAUGCAUCCCAUCCAGUUUCUUCAUUGGAGAGAAUGGGAUUCCUCUGGAGGUUGUCGCUGGGAGUGUGUCUGCAGAGGAACUAACAAAGAGGAUACAGAAAGUCAAACAGAUGCACUUUCAGCAGGCAGCUCAUCCGAACAACAACGCGGCCGAGACAGAAAUGCAUGCAGAACCCUCCCCUCAGACCAGCACAGAGGCGGUGACAGCAGCGGCAGCGCCAGAGGUCCAGCCCUCCCCCCAACAGCACACGCCAGCUUCUCCUGAGCCCGAGCCUGAGGCGCCCACUUGCCCCAUGGAGAGCUCAGAGGAGCCCGCCCCCGUCUCCACAUCCAAAGAGAGCUUGUCGAGGCCGGUGGAGGAGAACGGGGCCGUGGGAGCGCUGACACCCGGUGACGAGGGCAGCCUGAGCCUGUCCUCAGAUGACGUGUCCCUCGCCUCACAGUCAGAGGAGGGCCUGGACGCCAAGGUGGACAGGUUAACCAAGAAACUGGAAGAGAGGCGGGAGCAGAAGAAGAAAGGAGAAGAGGAGACUGAGAUCCGUAAGGAGGUGGAGAGGCGUAAGAUGGGGAAGGAGAUGCUGGACUUCAAGCGGAAACAUGAGGACGACCGGACCAAGCGCAUGCUGGAGGAGAGGAACCGGGAGAAGGCAGAAGAGAAGGCGGCCCGCGACCGCGUCAAGCAGCAGAUCGCUCUGGACCGUGCGGACCGCGCUGCCCGCUACGCCCAGAACCAUGAGGAGGUGGAGGCGGCCCGCAUCGCAGCACUGCAGGCCCGGCAAGCAGAGCAGGAGGCCCGCAAGGAGCACACACAGCGGGAGAGAAGUGCCAUUGCCAGGAUCCAGUUCCGGUUGCCAGACGGCUCCUCCUUCACCAACCAGUUCUCAUCAGACGCGCUCUUGCAGGAGGCUCACCAUUUUGCAGCACAAGAGGUGGGCAACAGGUAUGGCCACUUCUCCCUGGCCACCAUGUUCCCCAGGAGGGAGUUUAAGGGAGAGGACCUGGAGAAGACGCUACAGGAGCUGGAGCUCGCCCCAAGCGCCUCUAUCGUCCUGCUGCCACAGUCGGGCAGGGCGGCCAACGCGGUGGUGCACUCGUCAGACGGUGGGCUGUGGGCGCUGCUGGGCACCAUCCUGUACCCGCUGCUGGCCGUCUGGAGGUUCCUGAGUGGCUUCCUGUUCAGCAGUCCCCCGCCCCCCUCUGGAGGAGCCGCCACUGGAGCCACCGCCUCAGCCUCAGCCUCCGCCUCCUCCGCACAGGGCCCCCCACAGCACCGUGCCCCUCAGGGCUCCAACGCCUCCACAUCCGGGGAGCCCAAGAGGGAGACCAUCCGCAAGAGGGGUCUGGAAAAGCGGCCAGAGGACUUCAAGAAGGACGGCAAGAUCUACCGGCUACGGACGCAGGAGGACAGCGAGGACGACCAGAACACCUGGAACGGCAACUCCACCCAGCAGAUGUAGAGCACCAGGAGACGCAGCACACCGCAGCAACAACACACAGCAACAACAGAAACUCCUCCUCAUACCGUUCCUUGAUGCUCUCGCCAUCCUUCAGUUCUCUCUCUCUCUCUUCUACGAUACGGUUUGCAUCUUUUCAGUGUGUGUGUGUGUAUAUCUGUGUGCGUGUAUGUAAGUAUGUAUGUAAGUAUCUAUGUACGUAUGUAUGUAUGUAUGUAUGUAUGUAUGUAUGUAUGUAUGUAUGUAUGUAUGUAUGUAUGUAUGUAUGUAUGUAAGUGUGUGUGUUCAUCCGAAUGGUGGAUUAUACUGAGUUCUGGCCUUUGCUUUGUAUUUUGUUUUUGUAAUGGAAGGAAGAGGGUGGUGGGGGUACGUGGUGAUGGUGUGAUGUCACACCCCGUAACUGGUGUCCAUUGACGUUUCCCUCGGCUACUACUCUCCCCUGCAUGGGUAAAACAUAAUUAUAAUCCAGUUCAAAUGCCAUCAGCUUGAUCAAGUUAACCCUUUGUGAGCAAUCUACUGGACAAGCUACUCUUCGUAGACAACUACCGACCAUGUUGUCUUCUCCUUUUAACCUGGAUUGUCUCUUAACGUUAUAAAAAAACAAAAGGAACGCAACGUACACAGUGGUUAGGAGGCGCCCCACUGGGGCUUUGGGGGUAUUCCAUGAACAUGGUUAAGUGAUGAACCUGGCUAAAUGUGCCUAUAGGAAGUGGUAGACCUGCUAUUAGAUUGCCCACGUGUCAUGAUGAGGACUAAUGCGGACAAAUGUGAACUCCAGGCUCUUGUAUUAGACAAUUUACCACUACCUCAAGGUUCACUUAAGCUGGUUUACUCCUGAGCCAGGUUCUUGGAGUAACCCCCUCUGAUGAGGAACGAGACGAGCGGGGAGGGAGCAGCACUCUCUUGUGACUUUUAGAGGGACGUUACGCUAGACAAACCUGACCAAGGGCUCUUAGGCUAGGAGGCGGUGGCCACCAGCAGCAGCAGCAGCACGUGUUUUUGUAUCGAGGUUCCCAGCUCUUGGUUCAGCCCGCCACGGAAUUAGAAUGUGUUUCUAUUAGUUGAUGAUGACGGAAUCUAAUCUAGCAUUCUUAUGUAACUAGACAAAUGGAAAUUAAAAGAUGUUUUUCAACAAA